UUCGAGGUCUCCACUGUGCUGCAUAACACCACCAUGGCUUCAGCAAAGCCCCUAGCAAUGAUGUGGGAGGAGGUCACGUGCUCCAUCUGCCUGGAUCCCAUGGAAGAGCCUGUGAGCAUUGACUGUGGUCACAGCUUCUGCCAGGAAUGCAUCUCUCAGGUCGGGAAAAAUGGAGGCAGUGUCUGUCCUGUGUGCCGGAAGCACUUUCUGGUCAGGAACUGCCGGCCCAAUCGGCAGCUUGCCAACAUGAUGGAAAACCUUAGGCAAAUCAGCCAGAAUGCCAAGGAGAAAACACAAGGGGAACAAUGUACAGUGCAUGGAGAGAAACUUCACCUGUUCUGUGAGAAAGAUGGGAAGCCCCUCUGCUGGGUGUGUGCACAGUCCCGAAAACACCGUGGCCACUCCAUGGUCCCUCUUGAGGAUGCUGCUCAGGAAUACCAGGAGAAGCUUCAGGUGGCAUUAGGGAAGUUAAGAAAAAAGCAAGAGGUGGCUGAGAAGUUGGAAGUGGAUGUUGCAACAAAGAGAGCAAACUGGAAGAGAGAGGUUGAGACACACAAACUGAGGAUUCAUGCAGAGUUUGUACAGCAGAAAAACUUCCUGGAUGAAGAGGAACAGAGGCAGCUGCAGAAGCUAGAUGAGAAUGAAAAGGAACAGCUGAGAAUCCUGGGAGAAAUGGAGGCGGAGCUGGUCCAGCAGAGUCAGGCCCUGCAGGAGCUAAUCUCAGAGGUGGAGCGUAGAAGUCGGGCCUCAGCCCUGGAGAUGCUGCAGGAGGUGGAAAUUGUCCUGGAAAGGAGUGAGUCCUGGAACCUGAAGGAGCUGGACAUCACCACCCCAGACCUGAGGAAUGUGUGCCGUGCGCCAGGCCUGAAAAAGAGGCUGAGGACAUGUGGAGUGCACAUCACUCUGGAUCCAGACACAGCCAAUCCUUGGCUCCUCCUUUCACAGGAUCGGAGACAAGUCAGGCUUGCAGACAGCCGGCAGAAGGUGCCUGAAAAUGAAGAGAGAUUUGAUAGCUAUCCCAUGGUCCUGGGUGCCCAGCACUUCAGCUCUGGAAAGUUUUACUGGGAGGUGGAUGUGACAGAAAAAGAAGCCUGGGACCUCGGUGUUUGUAGAGAUUCUGUGCAGAGAAAGGGGCAGUUUUUACUGAGCCCCGAGAGUGGCUUCUGGACAAUUUGGCUGUGGAAUAAAAAAAAUUAUGAGGCUGGCACCAACCCUCAGACCCCUCUCCACCUUCAGGUGCCUCCAUGCCAAGUUGGAAUUUUCUUGGACUAUGAGGCUGGCACCGUUUCCUUCUAUAAUAUCACUGACCAUUGGUCCCACAUCUAUACCUUCUCUGAAUGUGCCUUCACUGGACCUUUGCGGCCCUUCUUCAAUCCUGGUUUCAAUGAUGAAGGAGGAAAUUCAGCCCCUCUGACCCUCUGUCCACUGAAGAUGGGAUAGUAGGAUCCACUGACUUGAUAGCUCUCUCUGGACAUCGCCAUCUCUCCCAGUUGGUAACCCACGGACGCUGCUCUUUUUCCCAUGAACUCUGAACCUCUUUUGUCUCAGUGUCCGAGUAACCAGGCUUUAGCAGAAAGGUCACAGAAAGUCAUCGUCAAGUGACAUUCAGGAUCAUUUUUUCUACAGAUUGCUUUAGGAUUCCUUUCUAUGAAACAGACUUCUUUUUGGCCCAAAUGUGUCUGGAUCAGCCAAAAACAAGUUUCUGCCUUCUACAUGUGACUUAAGUUUGUUUUCUCUUCAUCUCUAGGUUGUUGCCUUUGUUUAGAUCUCUGUUAUGUCUUGCAUGGGUUGUAUGGUUUGCAAAAGGGCUUCCUAAAGAAAUUCUCCCUCAAUCUAUCCCAUACAGUCCUUUGUUCCUAAAACCUGAAACACUUGACAAUUGUUUUUUUAGAGGUUUUUGCUAUAGGGCACAUGCGCUUGCCAGAGAGACAGCGAGAAAUCACCCCCUGGGGGGAUGACCAUGCCACAAU